AUCGCAUCCGCCAGCCCCCUGCUCCUGUGUGCUGCUGUUUGCAUCGAACAUUAUUGUUAAGUGCAUGCUCAAGAACUCCCUUGAUCUGACUUUAAGGGCGAAUAAAAUUCAGCAGUUGGAGAAGGCAAGCCUGGGUGGAGGUCCCAGACCCUCAGUUAAGGCUUAAAUAACGUUGUGAUGGAGGUUGAACAGAAGGAUGAUUCUAGCAACCCUCUGGCCAACGGAAGCGUCAACUCGGGCAAACGCGGCCGGGGCAGACCACGGGGGUCCUUUAAGAAAAAAGUUAUCUUGGUAAAAGAGAUAUCUCAAAACGCUAGGACAUCCAAAAGAGUGGAUUUCUUUUCCCCAGAGACGGUGAUACGGCCAAAAGUCAAGAAGCGCGGUCGUCCGAAAAAGAUAAGAAGCCCAGGAAGGCCGAGAAAGAUUCCCCUCACACCGGAGGAGGAAGCAGGAAGGAUUUUAAGGUUGAGCAAGAAACGGAAACUCACAAAGCCUCUUGGGAGACCUCGCAUUCAUCCACUCGUAGACAUGCCAAAAGAGAAAAGAGGGAGAGGUAGACCACGCAAAUAUGAAUCGAUGGGUUUACAAAAUGGCAGAGUUGACAGGAACCUAAAAAGUAUAAAGAUCGCUGAAAUGGGCGGAGACACUCCACGAAGAAGGGGAAGGCCAAGAGGCUCGUUUAAGAAAAAACGAGGACGGCCAGCAGGUCCAUCUCCAGUGAAGCGGCCAGUCGAAGGGACUCCAGUAAGAAGAGGGCGACCCCCGGGCUCUAAAAACAAGCUUUAUGUCAAGCAGCAGCUGGUGCAGCAGGAAGAGAAUGGGACUCCUCGAAGGAGGGGAAGACCCCCAGGCUCUGGAAAAAAGCUGAAGUUUAUUUCAGGUGAGACAAAUGAAACUCCUCGAAAGAGAGGGCGACCUCCAGGAUCUGGCAUGAAGGUAAAGGUCGCAAAGCAGGUGAUUGAUGGAAUUCCCAGAAAGCGGGGACGUCCUCCAGGUUCUGGGACCAAGGUCAAGGUUCUUCCACAGGAGACGAAUGGCACCCCACGAAAAAGAGGCCGGCCGCCAGGAACCGGAAAACUCAAGACAGUUACCGAGGAGCGUGAACACUUUAUCGUUAACAACAGCACCCCCUCCGUUGAUGGCCAGCCUCGUAAGAGGGGCCGUCCUAAAAAGGUCGAAGCCCUUCCGACCGUUCAAGUCAAAGAAGAGAUCAAGGAAAACGACGAACCCUCACCCAAACGGGCGCGUAACUCAUUUGCGUCAACCAAGAAUUCAAGUAAGCCAGACGCUGAAGACCAAAAGGCCAGUGAGAAUGACGGCAGCCAUGUGGCUGCAACAGUAGAAAAUCCUGUUCUGUCUGCUGGAGGUGCUGCAAAACCAGACAGUAUAGAGCAGGUUGCUGAGAACGAGCUAAACAACGCCUCGGUUGAGGGGGUUCAUGAGCAUAACAGCAGAAAGAGUUUGUUCUCAAGGGUAGGAGGUAAAUCCCAAAAAAAGAAGUAAAUCAUUGGGUAGAAUAGAGCACAAAUAUUUUUGAAUGGGUUUUUACCAGAUUUCAUACAAAUUGUCCCGAAGGUUAGUAAUGCAAUUAUCUUUUUUUUUCUUUUUUUUUCUUUUAUCCUUCUGUUGCUCAGCUCUUGUGCUUUUGCAUGUCUUUUUAAAAGAAAUGUUUAUUUUGAUACUGCAUGGUACAUCCAUUUUCGUAUAAAUCCCCAUUGCAACAGACAAAAUGGAAUUAUGGAAUUUGGAUUUUUUUUAAACCAGUAACCAUCUGGCUACACUGAGCAAUUUCUGUUAUUAUUUAUACAGAUAUAUUAGGUGCGAAAAUAAGCUAUUCCAGGACUAAUCGGUUAUUCAGAUCUUUUUUUUUUCUCAGCAGCGUUAUCGUAAUUUCAAGAAAGCCUAAAACUUCCACUAGGCUUGAUUCUGGAUGUUGUUGGAAAAGUAUUGGUGCAGGAUCUAUCGUGAAAAUUUCUUUUUUUUUCAGUUUUGAUUUUUUUAAAUAGAAAAAUAACAGCAUGCAGUUUAGCGGUCCCAUCACUGGACUAUUCUAGCUAGACAUAACUGCAUCCUGAGCCUGGGCUGCCAUCCAUGUGAUCAGGUCUUAAACGUGCCAUGUGAGACCAUGUGUCCUUGAAUUUAUUUAUAAAAAAAAAAAAUAAGAGAAGGCAUUGGAGAGAAAAAAAUGGGGGAAGAAGAAGAGUGGGGAAAAAAUAAAACAACCUCUAAUCAAUAAGCAGUUUUAAACUUUUUUUAAGGUGCAUGACAUGGUGAGUGAGACGACUGGAUUUCAGAUCUUUUAAAAGCGUUUCAAGAAUGUUGACUUUGUACCUUGAGUGUGCAUAUUUUUCAUCAAGUUUUUGACUUGAUAAAAUGUGGAAUACAGAAUAAAAAAAGAUGGAAUGAGUAUCACAGUAUCAUUUUCAUAAACACGUUUGUCAUUAUUUGUACUAUUAUUGUACAGUACUGGAGAGUACAGAUGCUCUUCGGCUUGACGUAAGUAGAUGUAACUUAGCGAACAUCGUAGUCUGUCAUUUAAAUUGGGAGCAGCUGGCUGGGAACAUCUAAACUAAAGCCGGUUUUAAUGAUAAAUUCUUGAUUAUCUUCUGUCAUUUACACCAACAAUGAAUUACAACAGGGUAUCAAAAUUACGCUCAUGAUCAUUAAAGCUGAAAUAGAUUGAGGUCAGUUUCAGAUUUUAUUGCUCUAUUUGAUUCACCGUCUCAAUCUGUCAGUCUAUGAUUUUAGAAUUGACACUUUUCAAUAAUUUUUGAAAACUUUUAAAUGAUAAAUAGUCUAAAAUAUACAGUUAAAAAAAAAUAACCUUUUAGAAACCUUUCCAGGAAUUCAAACCUCUUCUAUAUACUGUUUUUAACACUACCAGGUACAAUUGGUAAUUUUUAAUGCUUCAAUGUGAUUGCAAUAAAAACUGCAAUGUACAAAAAUCUAAAUGAAUCCUUCUCUAAUGAACACAUGACUGAUUGGGAGGUGUAGCCCGAAAAAAUCGAAAAAGCGUAAUUGAAGUCUUAAGUUCGGGACUGUCUGUUUUGCUUGCUGCUUUUAAAAAUUGGCGGCUUGCUUUACUAAAUGUGUUUGAAAGGAGUUUUCCCAUUCUCCCCAUGUCAUCCGUCAUGUACAUUUACAUUCAGAUUCGAUGUGACGGUUGCUUACUUUUAUUUGUUUGUGCGAAUUAAUUCAUUUGUCUGUUAAAAAAAUGUUGAAAUGAAUUUCCAUUUGUUUAGGAAGUAACAUCUUAAUUAUUUCAGGAGUUGAAUGUAAUGUUUUUUUUUCCCCAUGAUUUGUGAAAACUGUUUCCGUUUUUCAGGGCAUAAAACUAAAUGGACAUUUUGCUGACCAGAAGCUAUAAUUAUAGAAUUAUAAAAACUCCAUUACAUUUUUAUUUUUUAUUUUGUGAAUUUGAAAACAGAAAUUUAAAACAUAAAAAAAAUAAUUUUUGGGCUAACCAUGUGAACUGAAAUAUUUAUAUGUAAAUCUAGUUGUUUAUGUUGAUGUCGGAUAUAUUUGUCAUUUUUGUCCAAAUUCUUCGUGUUUUAUGUGAAUUUCCAAGAAAUGCAGCCCUUCUAAUUGUUUUGAUUAGCUAUGGUUAUGUGGUGAUGUACUGCAGCACAUGUUGUGUAACUUCAUUUUAAAAAGAUCAAUACUUUUUCAUGACUUUUCCAUUGCAGUGUGUCUUGAUUGAUGUAUAAACGUCAAAGUUCGGGAAAAUUAUUUGUGGCAAUUCUGUUCCUGCGUUUAGUCUUUUUCUUAAAAAAAAAAACUUUGGACAAAAGAUUAAAACAAACAAAAUCCCCCCUCCCAGCACCAGUAUUUAAAAAAAAAAAAAAAGAAAGAUCACCAUUUUUUAGAAAGAUUCGAUUGUGGUUUUGAAUUUCCUGAAGAAAAUUUAAACCACGGUACUAUUACAGUCUUAUCGCUGAAACCCUACUUUAACCCUUUAGUGGUCAAAAUACUUAACAUCUGAAAAGUUGACUGAUGUCCUUUUGCCCUUUUAAGAAAUGUGGUACCUUUUGUAGGAUUUAGGUGUAAAAACAUUUAAAGGUUGGUAUCCUAGGCUAGAAUAAAAUAAAACCCACCUGUCCGAGGGCAACGAUUUGGGUGCUAAGUGUUAUUCAUAAACUCUGUUGAGCUGCAAAUGGUGGAUAGCCUUCAUGUGGUGUUUUCCAGUCUGCAGCUUGCGCUUGUGGAAAUUACUGUUGUUCAUUUAGUUUAAGUAGAUGGGUAUAAUGCCUCGUUAUUUGACCGUAGAUGUGUACAUCCCUGGUAGAAACGUGAACAUAAAGCCCCUCUAAAACGACUGAUCCCUAACCAUUUUGCUUAGAAUAGAUGUACUAGCUUAAAGCAAAUGCAUAGGCUUGUUUUCUACUAUAGUAAGUCAUUUGAUGUUUGAUUUAUACAUUAAUCUGUACUCCUAACAAUUAGAAGCUGUUUAAUGUGAGCACUUGUAUUUGAUAUUUUUUCUUUAAUAAAAUACUUUCUUCAACUUUU